AUGAUCUAUAAAAAUUAUAAUGAUAUUUUAUCUAUUUUAAUCAUUUUUACUUUUAUAAAUAUUGUUCAAAUUAUUAAUGGUCACGAAGAUAAAAUUUUAGCUUUAGAAAAACGAAUACAAGAUUUAGAAGCUCGACAACAACAAUAUCCUGAAGUAACAUUCCUAACAUAUAAAGAUCGUAAACGUAUUCUUAUUACCGGUGGAGCUGGAUUUGUUGGUUCACAUCUUGUUGAUCGUUUAAUGCUUCAAGGACAUGAAGUAAUUGUAGCUGAUAAUUUUUUUACUGGUCGUAAACGUAAUAUUGAACAUUGGAUUGGUCAUGAAAAUUUUGAAUUAAUUAAUCAUGAUAUUGUUAAUCCACUUUUUAUUGAAGUUGAUCAAAUUUAUCAUUUGGCAUCACCUGCUUCACCACCACAUUAUAUGUAUAAUCCUGUUAAAACAAUUAAAGUUAAUUCGAUUGGUACUAUUAAUAUGUUAGGUUUAGCACGUCGUGUUCGUGCUCGAUUAUUAUUUGCUUCAACAAGUGAAGUCUAUGGUGAUCCUGAAGUUCAUCCACAAAAAGAAACAUAUUUUGGUAAUGUUAAUCCAUUUGGACCAAGAUCUUGUUAUGAUGAAUCAAAACGAGUUGCUGAAGCUAUGUGUUAUGCAUAUGCUAAACAGGAAGGAAUUAGUAUUCGUAUAGCUCGAAUAUUUAAUACAUAUGGUCCACGAAUGCAUAUGAAUGAUGGACGUGUUGUUAGUAAUUUUAUUUUACAAGCACUUCAAAAUGAACCAAUAACAAUUUAUGGUAAUGGUAAACAAACACGUUCAUUUCAAUAUGUUAGUGAUCUUGUUGAUGGUCUUAUUGCUCUAAUGAAUAGUAAUUAUUCAAUGCCAAUGAAUAUAGGUAACCCAGAUGAAUAUACAAUUGAACAAUUUGCUUUUAAAAUAAGAGAUCUUGUUGGAUCACAAGCAAAAGUAAUUUAUAGAGAUCCUGUUAUUGAUGAUCCUAAACAACGACGACCGGAUAUAACAUUAGCAAAAUCUUGGCUUAAUUGGGAACCAAAAGUUUUACUUAAUGAUGGUCUUAAUAAAACGAUAGCAUAUUUUCGUAAUGAACUUCUUGUUAAACAGCAUAGUGAACGUAAUGUUUUCUUUCCCAAUGAAUGGUUACAUUCAUCGAAUGUAAAUACAAUGAAAACAACAAAAAACAUUGAACUUUGA